CCAACGCGCCUUCUAGUUCUACAACUCUCGACUCUGUCAAGAGAGACUGUUUUGUGUUUGGGGACAAAAUCGGUAUUCCAAAUUUUAACCAUGUGCUUGCCAAGUUCAUUCGCCUUCCCUCACUGAUCUAGCACAAGCACAUAGGCCUCUAUUCCUUCCAAGUUUUUUCCCGUAAAAUUUUCCUCGAAAAUCUACAGAGGUAAUGGAUGGCAAGAUAGAAAUCUCCCUCGACAAGCUCCCUGUCAAGCGCUUGGAAGCUAUUGAAGAAAAUGGCGUCGAACGCUUCCCUACUGAUAUUGGAUAUGAUGAGAAGAGAGUUUCCCUGAUUCGCCGUAUAGAUUUUGCGUGGGCAGUGGAGAAAGAAGACGAGGAAAAGAAGAAGAAGCAAAAGAAGAGCUCAAAGGAGAGCUCCUCUACACCAUGGCCAUGGCAGAGCAUGGUGGAGAAUUUGCAAUUAGCUCUCCAGGAGCUCUCUGUCGUUAUAGAUCUCAUCAAUACUGUGGAAGCUAAUGAUGCUGUAACAGUAGCUAGCAUGACCAGGCCAAAGCCAUUGCCCAAUGAGCAUCUGGCUGACCUUGCUGUGUCUACUGCAACAAAGCUACAAUGUUACCGACAUCUUGGUAAAUAUUUUAAGCAGUCUGCCAAAGCCUUGGAACAGCAAGUUGCAAGGGAAGCAAGAUUUUAUGGUGCUCUAAUCAGAUUGCAGCAAAACUGGAAAGUUAAACGGCAGCGCAUGGCAGCGACUGGUCCUAGUAAUGAGGGUUUCACCAUUGAUCUUUUUGACAAUUCAUUAUAUGAUUCAGCCUCUCUAUUUCGGCCCUCUUCUCUAUCUACCAUUCACAUUGACCAUGACUCAGCAGGCAUGCUGGCAAUAAACUUACCUCCAACUUCUUGUCGCUCUCUACGUUUUGGUUUUGUUGGAGUACAUUCUAGUGAAAAUGUAAAGAAAUCCACUAAAAUUAGAAGCUCUGGCUCAGAUGAGCUCCCAUCAAAAGGAACUGAAAGAGAAUCUGGAAGUGAUAAUGAAUGCGUGAAAGAAACAAACUUACUCCUUCGUGAAGUACAUCGGGCAAUCUUUGAUGAACAAGUAUUUGAUAUGGUGAAUCGUGAAGCCUUCAACCAAUCUUUAGGAGUCAAUGUGACUGGAAUUCAAGAAAAUUAUCUGCAACUAAGCAUAAGUCCAGGAAUUUCUGUAUGUAUAACACUGGUGCCAUCUUACGAGUAUGAUCAAACAGUUGAUGAUGGAGGCUGCCAGAUCUCAGAAUCUGCUGUUUUACCUUUAGAUUCACUUGAUGGAGUGAAGUUACCAGAAGAAAAACAUGAAUGUGUUAAUAAGAAGUCGAGCAUUCCUAACCAUAUGAGUUGUGAAAUAUAUCUUCAGCAGAUUUUUCACGAGCAUGUAUUUGUAAGAGCGAAAGAUAGACACCUUUCCAGUGGCACCCGUGUACCUGGUCAACCACCACCAAAGGAUGGAUCUGGUCUUCUUGGUCAUUUCUGCAUGUCUGUGGCUCACCGGAUAUUCUCUAAUCGAGCUCUCAUGGAGCUAGAAAAUGUGGUAUGCAAGGUUCCAUAUCUCCAUUUAGUAUCUCAUCCCACUUGGAAUUCUCGGAUAUCUUCUUGGACAGUAUUAAUGAAGGUUCCUCAGUCCAUUAUCCAUGCGAGUUCUCAGUCACGGACUUCAGAUGCCAAAAGCAAGAGUGAUAUUAAGACAGAAUUUCGGACUAAGAUUGUGGUAAAUGAUGGUCGCAUCAAUGUUGAAGCAGAAGGUGCUCCUAAUGUUGUCAGCCUAUUUAAAGGCAGUUCUGAUGACAUAUGUUCUAUAAACAAAUAUGAUUGCGACUUGGUUGAUCUUCCUGUGAUUAUUCUUCAGCAGGUUGCUAGCCAGGUUAUUCGCUGGCUUCAUGAGGAAGCUCUAAUGGUGGGAAUAAAAGCAAACCGCGACUUUCUAUGCUUGUCCUUGGAGUUGGAGCAGGGUGAAGUGCUGAGCCUGGUGGCACAUGUGGACGCUGAAGAUGCUGAAGGAUGCAUCUCUUGGUGGUUAGUAAUGGAAGAUGGUUUUGCAGAGGAGAAGAAACUUCAUAUGGACAUAACAAAUGGUGCAUCUGAAUAUAGGAAGUUCUUGGGGUAUUUACCUCUUGAUGUCCUGUACUCAACCCUGAUGGAUCUGGUUAGUUUGUGCAAUGGAGGUGGGAGCCAAUGACAACUUUAUUAUUAUUUUUUUUAUUUGCACUAGUUGUCAGGGACCACACUACAUAUAAUAUAUAAUUUUUUUUCUUUAA